AUGGAGUAUGAGAAAUGCUACGUAUACGAACCUGAAGGCCAGGGACCGGCGAAACGACGUCAAAUCGAGCCCCAAGGCUUGCAGGCAUCGUGGAAGCUCCGGCGUGAAGCGUACCAGGCUGCAUGGCGAGCGCAGAAGGCCCAGAUUGAUGCUAAACUGAGUGACUUGAAUGCAUACGCUGUCCGCAGCCUCACCGCCUUCCUGGACGAAGCGGCGCAGAGCCCACAGUCCAGCGCCAUCCCAACCGCCAUCUUGUCCACGGGCCCGGAAGCGUCAUCCUCCACCGCUGUUACGGAACAGCUGUCUCGAGACCAGAAUGCUCAAAAGUGCAGGGUAUUCCUGUCCAUCUCUGCGAGUACUGGACCGAACCUCAAAGCGCUGUUGAAAGCGAUCAUUCAGAAAGCCACUUCCCGUCAGGAGAGCCCGGAUGAUGAUGAUGAGGACGACGAAGUCACGACGCGGAAGAAGGGCGCAAAGCUGUUGAACUACGACUUGCAACUUCUGGCUGACUACGUGUCAGAACGUCAACUUGAGCAAGUUGCCAUUGCUGUGGGUGACACGGAGGGAUUCGACAGCGACCUGCUCUCGGAACUGGUCGAACUGCUAGGCUACUGGUGCGACCGCAUCCCGGUCGUCCUUUUGCUCAGCGUGGCCACGUCUGCCGAAUCUCUGCAGCAGCGGCUCUCGCGAUCAGCCGUCAGAUGCCUCAAAGGCCAGAUGUUCGACGUCGCAGCUUCCGCCAUCCAGCUUGAGCACGCACUGGAAGCUGUCGUUGCCGAUCACCCGACCAUAUGGCCAGGAUCUGACCUGAUCGGCCUCAUUCUUGAGCGGCAGAGCGACUAUAUCCAGAGCAUCGACAGCUUUACUCAUGCGAUCCAGUACACGUACAUGUCUCAUUACUCCGCCAACGCCCUCUCCAUCCUCCUGAUACCCAGUAUCAAGUUUGCAAACAUCCCACCUGACCACUUCGAAGCAUUGCGCAACGUCGACUCUUUCCGCCAGCAUUGCAGGGGCAUCCUCGAUGACAACCAAGCCUCGCGUGUUCGCGAACUUCUCGACUCAGACGAAAAACUGUUCAACCUGGCCGCAGACAGCAUUCGCGAUCUUCGGGACCGUCUCAACUCGAUGCUUCCCGCCAUGAAACUGCUGCAGCACAUCCAGGACAUCCUGCACAGCUACCCAGUCACCCCUACUAUGCCUUUCAGCAAAGCGUACAAACUCGCAAUGGCUGGCCGCUUAACACAAGACUCCAGCUUCAUCCGCUCGAUGCUCCUCUCCGUCAGAAAAUCGCAGCAGCACAUCAUUGGGCAAGUGCUGCAAGCAUUCAACAUCUCCAGCAUCCCAGCGACCUUCCGCUCUCAGGCAGAGACAUUGGGAAAAGAGUUGAUCCGUCUGUCAGCCAGCGCAGCGGGCGAAAAUGUCCAACUGCGAAGCGAGGAAUCGGUCAAAAACUCGACGCUUCGUACAACGGUCGUUGCGCAGAAGGUCGAGCUGAGCAAACAGAAGGCCACAUUGUCGAAACGAGACGAAUCGUAUACAAAGUUGCUUCGCCGUCUGAGCGAUCUGCUGGAGCGGUACUUCGGGGAGGCACUGGUCGAUCCGAAGACAUGCUUAUUCCACGAGCUGGUGGUGUACGACUUGCGAUCGCCAUACCGCGAUACCUUCACUCCCAGACCACGGCAAGCCAUCGAAAGGGCGCUGGCAACGCCGCACGAUUAUCUUGACUGCGAUUGCUGCGGCCCAGAUGCUGCGAGCCGUGGCAAGGAGAUGAUGCUGGCGUCUUCACAACCGACAACAGCUGUGCUGUACCAGCUCUACUUGGAAUCCGGCAGUCUCAUCAAUGUCAACGAUCUCAGGCAGGCAUUCCUGGCUGUUACAGCUGAGGAUGGCAGGUCGGAGGAGGAGAACACGGCCUUGUUCCAACGGGCGCUGGCUGAGUUGCGAAGCCUUGGGUUUGUCAAAGGGACGAGGAAGAGGGCUGAUCAUGUUGCCAAGGUCGCUUGGAGAGGACUUUGA